AUGGGUAUUUGUUUAGACACAGAUGCCAGCGCGGCACAAGAUACCGGCGAACCAGGCAACGAUUGGAAUCAUACACGGAAUCGGAAUGGCCAAAAUUCUGGCGACUUGGAGGCCGCUGCAGCAGCGGCAGCGGCAGCGGCGGGUACUACCAAUGCCGUCGCUAUCGAUAUGCAAAAUGCUGGAAAAAUCAAAUUCGAUCCGCCCAAAGUGCCAGUGAUAUUUGUUUUAGGCGGCCCCGGUAGUGGCAAGGUUACCCAUUGCGAUACCUUCAUGCAGGAUCGACGCGGUGUAACGCACAUCAAUAUGAUGGAUCUGCUGCAGCAAUAUGCAAUGGGAAAUGACAUGCAGGACUUUUCUCAACUAUCAUCGAAAACGGUCACCGAAGUGUUGAUGUUGGAAAUGAAAAUGGCUCCAGCUGCCAAAGCAUACUUAAUUUCUGGAUAUCCACGCUCAAUGCGCGACGUUGUUGAGUACUCGGAGAAGAUACAAGUCGUCAAUGGCGUGAUCUUAAUAUCCUGGCGCCAGUCGGUUCUGCAGAAGCAAAUCGAUUAUGGUGCCAAAUUAGGUCAUGUUGUACUCUCCCUAGCCAAAAUGGAAUUGGAAAAUUUCUUCAAAAAUGUGAUGCCAGUCGCUGAUUAUUUUGACCAAAGCGAUAUGCUGUUGGCCGUUAAUGGCGAGCGUGCUCCCACAGAGGUGUAUAAAGAUUUUCGCACCGCUGUCUUAGAUAUACUUAGCACGCUCGAGAACCAAGAGGCCAUGAUGAAUGGAGUUACAGGUAUGGGCAGAGGGAUACUUGAUAUACCCGGCAGUAUUGUUAGCGUAGACACUGCACCUAGUCAAGCCCAAGCGACUCACAUUGCAGACGACAACAAUGCCACCGGCACCGAUACCGAGACCACCUUGCCUCUGGCCGCAGAUCUGGCCAUCGAUCAGAGUGUUGGCUUAGACCGCAAUGUGGGACACCAUCAGGGUGGCGGCACCACCAGUGCUGACGAUGACAGUGGUGUGGUUGUCACACAGCAGCCAAAGCGCAAGCCAGAUACCGCCGAUCUACCAGUUUUACCACCCAUUAUUUGGGUGAUUGGUGGGCCAGGCAGUAACAAAGCCACCCUCUGCCUCAAGGCUGUGGGCUUGAAUCCCGGCUGGGCGCACAUAAGUGUGGGCCGACUUUUGCGCAACAUCACAGACUCUGCGCCACGUGCCAAUACCGAAAGUUAUGCGGUUAAGGAGGCCCUGGCUGCUGGGGAUAUGGCCCCGGAGAAGUCAUUAAAUCAGUUGCUCGAGUCGAAUCUCCGCCAGCUGCUCGACAGAACGGGCAUAAUCAUUGAUGGCUAUCCGAGAAAUCUACAGCAAGUCAAAUACUUUGAGAACAAGUACCAGCAACGUCCGCCGAUUAUCCUACUGGACUGUUCGAAACUUCAGCUAGGACGCGGGCGUAUAGACGAUACAGUGUCCUCGUUUCGACGUCGUCUGGAACUGUUUCGUGAACAGACUCUGCCCAUGCUCAAAACCAUGGAUAAUAGCAAUCGCUUGCAGAUUGUUGAUGGCGACACGGACAGUCCGUCGGUGCAGCGUGAAUUCGAGCGCCUCAUACGGAAUCAUAUCCAGCAGUUGCUGAACCGAAGCGACGACACAGAUGCCACAGCACCGCUGGGCAAUCAGAUGAUGCGCAACGAGCAGACAGAUGCCAUACUGCACGAUCUGGAGACGAAUGUCCCUGGGGCUGUGCCCACGAUCAGUCAUCAUGUGAGCAUGAUGAAUGGACAUCUCAAGAAUCGGGGCAGUGCCCUCGUCAGUGGCAAGAAUCCCUCCCAAAUGAUGAAUGGUCAUGUGCCUGGUAGACCAGGCACUGGACCGGUGGCCCAACCCGUGCCCGUGGACUUUAGACACAUGCUUGAGGAGGCCGAACGAUAUCCUGUGGACUCGCACAUGUAGAACGUGAAUUUAUCGCAAGGUUUUAUAGUUUUCUAAUCGAUUUAGGCUUAGGGCAUAGUAUUGUUAAAACUGGUUUGUUGAGUUUUAUGAUGGUUCGAGGGACCAUUAGGUUGCAGAACCAGAAUCAGAGUUAGAGAAUUUAAUUCAACAUUUGAUUUCACUAGAUAUACAUAUAUAUAGUAGGUACACAUAAAUAUAUAUAGACGCAUAUCGUUUAAACAUAAGAGUCCAAUGCAAUUGAAACGUAGCCGCUAACAUAAAUUAAAUUUAAAUAAAAUACACGUACAGAGUUCAAGGAUA